AUGGCCAAUAAAUGGCACCCGUCAGACAGAAGAAAGAUUUUACGUAGUCUGAGAAUAUUUCAUCAAACCGGUAAACCUCAAAGCGAGAUUAUCAAAUCCCAACUCGACCAUUUUGAAACGCAUGGAUUAGAACCAAGAUAUAAAGCAUUGGUGUUCUGGAUUUACUCGGAUCCAGAGAAGUUAAAUCCACGCUUGGAUGACCGUGUAGAUCAAAUGAUUGAUACUGGAUUAUUUGAUGAGAUUAAAGAUUUGCGGAAUCACGUCGUACAGGGAAGCGUUAAAAUGCCUAAAGGUUUUGAAUUAGAAAAAUAUCAAAGAGGGUUAUGGCAAGCAAUUGGGUAUAAAGAGUUUGAUCCAUAUUUUGUGGCGUUAGAAGAAGGUAAUACAGACCCGGCUGAACUGGAAAAAAUAAAGGUAGAGUGUACAGAACGGAUGAAGGCGGCCACCAGAAGAUACGCAAAAUCACAGAUAAAGUGGAUUAAAAACAAGCUCGUGCCUACUGCAUUAAAUUCCAAGAAUAAUCAGGUUAUUGUGUACUGUUUAGACGCAGGAGAUCUAGAUACAUGGGAUCAAAAUGUGAGGGAAAAGGCAGUUGAGAUAGCAAAAUUAUUUCAGAUGGAUUUACCGUUGCCAGAGCCUACUAGCUUGAGCGAAACGGCAUCUACUAUGUUGAAACAAACAAAACCAGCAUUAGAUACACAAACCAAAAUUCUGACAUGGAAUAAACAUACGUGUGAGACUUGUAAAACUGACAAGGGUGAACCGUUGGUUUUAAAUGGAGACCAAGAAUGGGAACAACAUAAAAAGGGUCGUCAUCAUCGAAAGUAUUUGAAGCAUUUACGUGUUGAAGAAAUGCGUAAGGCUUAUUUUGAAUCAAAAAAGAAAACUCAAGCUAUUUCUGAAUAA